AUGGCCAUGAGAUAUGUAAGAGACCUGUGUCGUAAUGGCUCGUCGGGGUUCUGCCUGGCGAGCGCUGUUGUUUUUCUUCAUGAUAUUGACUGUGAUGCUUGUGAUGAUGCAAUGCAGGCUGGCCUCUUCUCCGCAACGGUUACUUCCUUUACUGUUGAGUCCUACCAAUGGCUUCAGCAACAGCCAGAAGACGAAAUGGUUCAGAUUCUAUCCCACAUGUCAGCACAGCUAAAGAAUAUUCAAAACAGUUCAGCAAUUCCACCUUAUGCCGUCACCCAAUUUUCUGUGUCCCCUUCGGACGUCCGCAUCAAUAUUUUAUGGUUCUCUAGCUUAAUUGUAAGCAUGGCUACGGUAUUGAUUGGGAUACUAUGUAUGCAAUGGCUUCAGGAGUUCGGACGAGACGCGGCGCGUUCGCACAAGGACGCGAUCGCGAUACGGCAAAUGCGAUACGAAGGGCUGUACAAAUGGAAAGUCCCCAUGAUCCUCUCCCUGCUCCCUCUCCUUCUACAGCUCUCAUUGGUCCUGUUUUUUGCUGGUGUUCUUGAGUUGCUUUGGGCGCGAAACCGCGCAGUGGCCAUCUGCAUCACGGUCGUUGUUGGUUUGGUGUUUCUUGUCCUCGUCUUGACCACUGUUCUGCCGGCUCUCCAGUCUCGUUUUACCAUGGACCCCUUUUUGAAGGUUGGUCAGUGUCCCUACAAAUCGCCACAAUCAUGGGCAUUUUACAGGAUGACCCUUUCUAUCUCGCGGCUUUACAAGUUUACCGUUACAUGCAGUGCAAAACUCGUGCUGUGUAUUCGCAAUAACGUUCAUGCUAAAGCUAUCGAUCCCGAAGAAGAACCCCACGAUUCAGAGCCGAUGUCCAGUGUGGGUUUAUCGCACUUUAAUAGGGUAGCCUCCGAGGACCUUGACAGGAACUGGUGCGACUAUGAUGUCCGAUGGAGGCUAAUGCGAGAUGCUACAUUUCUGGACGAAGAUACAGGCGAACCUGCUGAGUUCCAGGACGGAGAUGACAUCAUUCACGGAUUGAAAUGGAUUGACCAGAUGUUUUCAGAGGAUCUUGACUCUGUUUACUACGUCUUUCAUUGUCUUUUGGAUUUGGGUAGUGCUCAGGCUGCGCAAUUGGUUGGAGAGCUAGACGAGGAGGUGGCCUACCUCCCUAGACUUCUUUUCCCUACAGAUUCUCGACCGUCGCUGUAUGCAGAUUCCCCUAUUUCAGACUUCCAGGUUCGGGAACAUAUUUUUGUGGUAUUUCUGUGGCUCCAUAGACAUAUUCAUCCAAGUCUGCACGAGCCAUAUUUGGAGUGCACAAUACGUCUGAUGAACUCGAGCUCUCAGUGUGUUCCCCGUCUUGCACUGCGCCAGUGCGACAACGAUCUGCAAGGUGUUUCUCGUGAAACUGUAUACCAGCUAUUUACCAGUCUCAAGCUUGUCGUUUCGAGAUGCUCCAUCACCGAAGAACAAGGCUCCGAUAUCUGGGCAUUUCUCAGGGAUAUCUAUUCCAGCCACCCAACUCUUGAUGAUCCUAUCAUACCAUUGACCUUCGAUAUCUUCGAACAAUUUCAGAUAUGGUUACGCCCAAUACAUAGGGUGCCGUUCGGAACCCACUACCGCAAUCGGGUUGAAACCUGUGCAGUUGGGCUCACUCGUGUCUUUGCCUCGACGAAUGGAGAUUCCUUGGAGACUUUGCGCCAGUUAACCUUUUUCCACAAACUAGAGAAAUUGGUGUUGGAUCUGAACACCAUUAUUCCGUCUUUGCUUAGCAAGUCUGCAAUUCUGCGCGGCCUGAGUAAGCGCCGAUGGCCUGACCUUAUCUCUAGGCUGUGUGUUGCGAAUUUGCAGCAGGAAGAAUCGUCACUUUUGGUCUCGGUGUCUCCUCCACGAACGCCACUGAACCAGGAAAUUCUAUACCCGCUCCCCGGCGUCGACGCAGUGUUAUCGCGGCUCGAGGCUAUGGAAACAGCUUUCAUCGUCCCUGAACACUUGACCCACGAGGUCGUUCAAAGUGGUGCGUUUGUCACGGAUCCCAACUAG